UAAAGCUGAUUCUGAAACAAUAAAUAGUUCCCACUCCAGUCCAUUUGCUGGCGGUAAUGCACCUCUGAGCUGGUUUGCCAACCGCCACUAAACAAUACAGAAGAAGACGUUCCCACUCCAGAUCAGUGGGUGGCGGUAAUGCGCCGAAAGCUGUUUGGCAACCGACGAUCAAACCAAAAGAAGAAAGAAGAAGCGUGAGUGAAAGGCGGAACAAGCGGCCCUACAGGGGGAACAAAGGACCAUUGAGUUAACUAGUAUGGGAAAAGCCUGCUCUCCGUAGCCCAGUCUGCAGCCGCGAUGUCAAAACGACCAUCCUACGCCCCUCCCCCUCCCCCCGCCCCGACAACACAAAUGCCUUCCACCCCGGGGUUUGUGGGCUACAACCCUUACAGCCAUCUGGCCUACAACAACCUCCGGCUGGGAGGGAGCUCCGGAGGCUCCAGCAGGAACUCCUCAGGCAUCACCGUGCCAAAGCCUCCCAAGCCUCCAGACAAGCCACUGAUGCCUUACAUGCGGUACAGCCGGAAGGUAAGCAGGAAGGUAUGGGACCAAGUGAAGGCAUCCAACCCGGACCUGAAGCUGUGGGAGAUUGGAAAGAUUAUCGGAGGGAUGUGGAGGGACCUGACUGACGAGGAGAAACAGGACUACCUGAACGAGUAUGAAGCUGAGAAGAUUGAGUAUAACGACUCUUUGAAGGCGUACCACAACUCGCCAGCCUACCUGGCUUACGUCAACGCCAAGAACCGGGCUGAGGCUGCUAUGGAGGAGGAGAGCAGACAGAGGCAGAGUCGUAUGGACAAAGGAGAGCCGUACAUGAGCAUUCAGCCCGCUGAAGACCCUGAUGACUACGACGAUGGUUUUUCAGUGAAGCACACAGCAGCCGCUCGCUUCCAGAGAAACCACCGGCUCAUCAGUGACAUCCUCAGUGAGAUUGUGGUGCCUGAUGUCCGCUCGGUGGUCACUACAGCCCGCAUGCAGGUCCUUAAGAGGCAGGUCCAGUCCCUUAUGGUGCACCAGAGGAAGCUGGAGGCAGAGCUUCUGCAGAUAGAGGAUCGCCACCAAGACAAGAAAAGACGCUUCCUGGAGACCACCGACUCAUUCAACACUGAACUCAAGCGGCUGUGCAGUCAGAAGGUUGAGGUGGACAUGGAGAAGCUAGCAGCAGAGAUGGCUGCUGCUGAAGAGGCGGCCAGGCGGCGGGCGGAGGAGAGAGAGCGCGAGGUGGCCGAGCAGGCAGAGAAAGCUGCUCAGCAGCAGCAGCAGCAGCAGCAGCAGCAGCAGCAGCAGGAGGCUGCUGGAAACAAAGCUGCUGAGCAGAGCAGUGCUAAUGCUAGCAACACAGCUGACCCCAGCUCAGGGACCAAGGAGGAGGACAAGCCCACACCAAUGGAGACAGAUGAGGCACCGCAUGCAGAGCCCUCCGCAGACCCCCAGCCUGCUCCACCUCCUCCAUCUGACCCCUCCUCUUCUGCCUCUGAUAAAGCGACCCCUCCCCCUGAGCCCCCCAGGGAGAGCAGCACUCCUAUCAGCAGCGCCCCCAGUGAAGACAGCAGCAGCAGCAACAACAGCAUGCCCCCUCCUUCCUCAGAAAGCACCCCCGGAGCGGCAGCCCCAGCAGCCUCCGAACCCCCAGCAGCGCAGGAAGCCAAUCCCAGCGCCGCUAACCCUAAUGCAUCCGCAGCACCUCCACCGCCUCCUGCCUCAGAAGAAGGAGCCCCUCCACCACCACCUCUGCUACCCCCCAGCCAGAGCAACCAACAGUAUGAAAUGUAAUAGUCUGUUAGAUACAGCGGUAGCUAUAGACGUCCUCCCCGUGCUGCCGCUCUCCUGCUUUCCUCCUCUGGAUGGCGUAGCCGCGCUGUAGUUGUGCAGCAGUUGUGGAAGAAGUGGGACUCGUACGGUGGCUCUAAAAACAGAUCUUGUGAAUGAGAAGUGCUGAAUGGGUGAGGGUCUGAUAGUAUGCUCAAUAAAUAAUUAACAUGUAUUUCACAUGAGUGAUGUAAGGGGUUCAUCAUCCAGCCUCAUAUAGCUGGACCAAACAAGACCCUGUAGGUGAAAGUAGGAUUUCCCCCUUAAAUCUGCAUAAGUUUCCUUUUAAAUUUACCCAGCAUGCCUGGUUUGAUGUGAGUGAAUGAAUUGAAACGUCACCAAAGAGUACAACAUUUGAUCUGACUGUUUGUUUGUGCUCCAGGUACAGUACCAGCCAUUCCUCUUUUCUCAUCAUGUCACUAGGUUUUUUUUUUUUUUUUAGGAGACAAGUGGUCUGUGUUAACCUCACUGGCUGCUCAGACGUCAUGUACAGGUGUCUUAACUCAACACCUAACCUCACUGUUACCUCUGUCUGCUUCUGUUUAUUUACCAAAAUCUAUCAGUUAAUCCUCAGAUACGUUUCCAGUUGGCGGGGUCCACUCACAACAUUAGCAUCUAAACUGACCUUUGACCCCGACUAUCUCUGCCUGAGUUGGCCUAAAAUCCAACGUCAAAACAGAUUCUCCAUGGCACCGCAACAAACGAUCAUUUUCAUUAACAAUUAGUCAAUAAAAUGUAAAUGUCUUGAUUUGUUUGACCAACAGAGAUUCAGUUUAAGUUGACAUAUAACAGAGAAAAGCAACAAAGUCUCACAUUUGAGACGGCCGAGUUGCAGAAGAUUUGGAAUUUCACAACUUUUGCUUGAAAAAAUGAUUGAAACCACCAAUCAGCUGUCAAAACAGUUGGUGAUUCACUUCCGAGCUGUAAUUCUACACCACCGUGCUACUGUGCGACUUUAACUCGUUACCCGCUGCCUCGCUCCCACUGUUUCAAGCUGCGACGAUGUGUUAUUCCAAAUGACGGGUCUUUGACAGGAGGUGCUUGUAGGGAGAAGCCGUGCUGAUGGCUGUCUUUCAUCCACAUGGUUCAAAUGCAAACCUCUAACAACCCACUGCGUAGACUCUGGAUUGUUGGAUGUGGCGGAAAUGUUUGUAUUCCAUACCUGUGUAGUGCUCAGCGUGGAUGUAUAAACCUUUAAAAUCAGCCCUUCUAUAUAUUUUUUUUGAAAUGAGACCACAGCUGCAAACUCAAGGGGUUUUAGUACGUCCCAUAAUUUAAUGUUCAGACUGAAUUGUCUGAAAGCUCAGUGUAUGUUCUAGUGAUAAAGGGCGACCUCGCAUGAAAUAAUAAUAAUCAAAACCAUGAAAGCCCCUUCCCCCCCAUUUAAAACCUCAGAUUUUUGUAGUUCAUAAGUUCGUGUGAUUUGCAAAAACUACUACUGUUACUACUACUUUGUUUUUAGAGUGGAACCUUUUUAGAUGAAUACAGUUGAAUUCAGCCUUCGUAUUGACCCUGUACUUCUGACUUACAUGCCGUUUCUAACAUGUUUCAGUUUGACUGGGGGGGGACUCAUCUUGUGGCAGUGCAGAUGAUUGUUUCCAGGUGUGACGUGAGCAUGGAUGAAGGCACAUUUUAAUUAUUUGCGCACCCACAUUCUGCAUGCUAAAUACUAACCAUAAACCUGCAAGCAUUUGAACAUUUACUGAAGUCUUGUUCAAAGAGUUGAGGCUGAGGUAAACUGUUUGAAAUGUAAAAAGUGCGGGGCAAAACACACAAGGUGUGCAAGGAGGGGGAAAAAAAUGAAAUGAUGGGCAUGUCUCCAAGGUGCUUUUUAAAAUCUGUGGAUGAUAAACUUGACGUGCUGUACUUGAGUGUUUCUUCCCUUGGAUUCGUCACGUUUAUGAAAAAAUAACAGACAUACUCAAUUAGCAGUUAUUCUGUAAGAGCUUCUCUACAAGUUGAGGUUACUUUUUUAAAGACGUUCCUCCUUUAGACUGCAUAUUCCUGUUGACGCCACGAGCAUAAAGUUCAGCAGAGACAUGCACACGCUACCCUCAUCCAAAUGUAACCUCAGUUACUUGUGCAUUUAAAGGACUGUUUUUUUUACUUGAAUUGGGACUGUUUUUAGUAAUAUGCCUCUGUUUUUUUGCAUCUUUCUUUUGUACUAUCUGAACUUCUCUAUCCAAAUAAAGAUGAUUUCUCAGUCUUUCAA